UCUGUUUAUAUGCUCCUUCUCUCGUAGUUAUAGCGUCCAUCGGCGUCGGCGAAGGCUCAGCAACUAACAACUGACGAAGGAAGAGCGAGGGGCAGAGAGGCACUGGAAGGUGUUGCAAGAUGGAGAAAGCGAUUCAUAGACAGAAGAUGCUGCUUGAACAUCUUCGACCCGCUUCCUCAAUUUCAUCUUUUUCCCAUCAAUCUACUCAUCUCUCUGCAUCAAUCUGUUCUGGUGAGAAUUUUUCUCAUGGGCGAACAUCUGCAUCUGAAGAUGACGUGGUGAUUGUGGCUGCAUACCGAACUGCAAUCUGUAAAGCAAAGCGUGGGGCCUUCAAGGAUACCCUUCCAGAUGAUCUCCUUGCCUCUGUUUUGAAGGCUGUGAUAGAGAAAACAAAUGUGCCCCCAAGUGAAGUAGGAGACAUAGUUGUUGGCACAGUAAUUGCACCAGGAUCAGAACGAGCAAUUGAGUGCAGGAUGGCUGCCUUCUAUGCUGGUUUCCCUGAUACAACGCCACUCAGGACUGUCAAUAGGCAAUGUUCAUCUGGACUUCAGGCAGUUGCUGAUGUUGCUGCUUACAUAAAAGCUGGUUUUUAUGACAUAGGAAUUGGAGCUGGAUUAGAGUGUAUGUCUCGAGAUAAUGUUACUAGGCCUAGUAAAAUUAACCCAAAGUUGGAAACUUUUGAACAAGCUCGGGAUUGUCUUCUUCCUAUGGGAAUUACUUCUGAGAAUGUUGCACUGCGUUUUGGCGUCACAAGGCAGGAGCAGGACCAGGCUGCUGUUGAGUCUCACAAGCGUGCUGCAGCUGCAACAGCAUCUGGUAAAUUCAAAGAAGAAAUCAUUCCAGUUUCUACAAAGUUUGUGGACCCAAAAACUGGGGAGGAGAAGAAUAUUAUAGUUUCUGUUGAUGAUGGCAUCCGGCCAAAUACAAAUUUGACAGAUUUGGCAAAACUAAAGCCUGCAUUCCAGAAGGAUGGUUCCACAACUGCAGGGAAUGCAAGCCAAGUAAGUGACGGUGCCGCAGCAGUUCUCCUCAUGAAAAGAAGAGUGGCUGUGCAGAAGGGACUACCUAUUCUUGGCAUAUUCAGGAGUUUUGUUGCUGUUGGAGUAGAUCCUGCCAUCAUGGGUGUUGGUCCGGCAUUUGCUAUUCCUCCUGCAGUGAAAUCUGCUGGUCUUGAUCUCAAUGACAUCAACUUAUUUGAGAUUAAUGAGGCAUUUGCUUCUCAGUACGUUUAUUGCUGCAAGAAAUUGGCACUGGAUCCCAGAAAGGUCAAUGUUAAUGGUGGUGCCAUUGCUCUUGGGCAUCCUUUGGGCGCUACAGGUGCUCGCUGUGUUGCUACACUAUUGAAUGAGAUGAAACGCCGUGGCAAGGAUUGUCGCUUUGGUGUAAUAUCUAUGUGCAUAGGGUCUGGUAUGGGAGCAGCAGCAGUAUUUGAAAGAGCGGACUAAUAACAGAUCUGAGAUUUCAGAAUCGUUAGGGAUUGUUACAAGUACAAAGAAUUGUUUGUAUACGUGCACACAUGUUGAAAAUUUUCUACGCUGAACUCAGUCAUGCUUGGAAAUGUUAAAUAUGUCAAUAAUCUCUUUCGUGGAAUGGAAAUUCAUAAAG